AUGUCUAAUGAAGAAUUUUGUAAAACAAAAAAAAGAAAAUAUAUUGAAAUUGAAAAUAUAGAAGAUAAAGCAGAAAAUAUUAUUCUUCAAGAAGAACUUAAAAAUAAUUAUCAUAAAAUUGAACAAGAAUUAACCAGUGAAAAAUGGUUUAUAGAUUUAGUAGAAGAAAAAGCAAGAAACAAAUUAAGACAAAAAUAUCCUGAUAUUUUAUUUGAAAAUAACAGGAUUAGUAUUAAAAAAAGAAAAAAGUUUACUGCAAAAAAAAUAGUUCUUACUGUAACUAUUGAAGCAAGAAAAACAACUCUUUCUUCAUUUAUGUCAAAAUAUUUUAAGAAAAAAGGAUUGAAAGUAUUAAUUCUUGAAGAGAUUUCUCUUAAGAUUAAAGAGGAUUUAGAUCUUUUCUAUUUGAUUAUUGAUACAUACAAAAAGAUGAUGAAAAGUAUUGACUCUGCAACUGAUGAUUAUGAUAUAAUCAUUUUUAAUCGAACUUAUCUUAAUACAGAAGUUUUCAAUAAUAUUAAUUCUGAUGAUGAUCUAAAAUCAUUUUACUUGAAAACAAAAUGUGAAAUGAUUGAUUUAUGUAAUUUUAAAUAUGUGUUUUACAUAAAGAGUACUGAAAAUACUUCAAUUAAAAGACAGAGGGAAAGAAACAGAGAAGGAGAAACAUAUACAGAAGAGUAUAUGCGAAAAGUUUAUAGAGAAUAUGAAAGAAUUAUCAGUAAAAUGUAUUCAAAACAUAUUGUAUUUGAUACAGAGGAAGAUGUAUAUUUGAAAGAUAAAGAUGAAUAUGUAUUAGAUAAAGAUA